GAUAAGAAGUAUUGUGUACCUGUAAAUGAGCGAGAGUUUAUACGUAACGACAAAACAUAGGUACAAACCCCUUUUAAGAAUAUAAAAUUUUUACCCAUUACUACCACUCAUAAUGUGACGCACGCGUCGGCUGCUAAGUAUCACCAUUUACAGCCAACAAGUUGUUUAGUCUACUACCGUCUAUUGCACUGAUUUAUGAAAUAUCCACUAUUCCACAGGCCCGUCAUAAGAAUUCAGUUUCUUCAAGUCUUGAAAAAAGUGCCAAGCACAAUUCACGUUUGCUUCAAAAACUCGUGUGCCUGCAUGGAACGCUUCUCAAGUCUAGGCGAACUUCUUACCAUCACAGCUAUUCUGCAUUUUGCUUAUUAUAUAUUGCAUUACAGCUUCUUCGUGUUGAAUGAGAUCAUGACUUGACCUGAUUCCUGUGAGGCUAGGGUUACCGAUACAAUUAGACAAAAAAAUUAUAUGUUUUCGAACGUUGUGCGGCUCUUUUGAAGCUCUAUUAUAAAUUUGAGUUCUUCUUUUGUACAAUACAGUAUCAAUUAAGAGUAUUUGCAUAUCAUAUUAUGGCGGCAUCAUCAACAUUGAUCCGGCGGCAACACUGGCCCCUGAAUCAGCGGUUCUUCCCGCUAGUUGUAUUGCUACUCUUCUCCAACGUGUGUGUCGCUGUGGAAGACAACGAAACCAUCGAAAUUAUCUGCCCUUCCGACGAAGGCGAUACGGAGUACUGCUCAUGCAACAUCAACCAGACGGGACUCAGCCGCCUGCUGCAGGUCAAAUGCGACUUCCUCAACAAAAAGUCUAAAGUUUAUGCUGGUGUGCAGGCGCUGUCCUCCGCCCUGGACAUCUGGCACUGCGGCAGCGUGCGUCUCGUCUCCUCGCCGCCCAUCACGCGCCAGUCCAGCUACAAGACUUUCGUGGGGAUCGGGAUAAUCGACUGCAAGGUGGAGGGUCUGCCCAGCAAGCUGAUCAGGGACCACCACCGCGGCGCCCUCAGGAUCAAAGAGUCCACCGUGGGCGUCAUCGAGGCGGGCUUCAUAGACAACAUUGACGAGCUGCGGUAUCUUGUGUUCGAGGACUCUGUAGUGGAGCGCUUCGCAGGGCCCGCAACCACGCAGGCUGCGCUGACGCUCAGCAGCCGCGAGCUGCACACAUGGAACGGCUUGCUUAUUGACAACGUCACUAUUGCUGCCAUCGCCCCCAACGCAUUCAACCUCACGCAUAAGGUGGAUGAUGAAGAGGUCGUCAUCAGGAACUCGCGAGUGGGCGACGUGGGUAGCGGGGCACUCGUCGUCAGCGGUGACAUCAACGUUAACAUCACCGACAACGUCUUCCAUAAAGUCGGCGACGGCGCCUUCCAGGUCCGGGACGUGCUGGCGGUGGUGUUCCAGAACAACCUGCUGUACUCGUGGGGGGCGGGGGCGCUGGCAGAGCUCAGGUGUCCCGCCAAGUUCUCCAUGCGGGACAACAGAAUAGCGCGGCCCCCCGCCAGCAGCGCCGCGCCGGUGCUCAAUUUCCACCAGACCUGCGGCACGCCUCAGGUGGAGGUGGUGUCUGUGGACGAUGAUGACGUGCCUUUUUCUGCGGCCACGACGGCAGCGAGCGGAGGCCACACGACUGUGGUGUUCGUGGUGCUGCUGACGGUAGUGAUGAUAAGCGGCGGGGCGGUGGCGGCGGCGUGGUGGUGGUGGCGGGAAAAGAUGGUGUGGAGUCCCGCCAGGGGCGACACGCCGCUCUGUGAGGACCAAGACCUGCCCGACGUGUCAGGCUCCAUCGUCAACGCGUGUCACAUGAACAAGCCUGAGCCCAUCGUCGUCGUGCGGAGAUGAGCCGCGCGUAGCCUCUGUAUUUAAUUAACUCUGCAUAUUACAGCGGUUAACGUUUUGCCAAUUAUUUUAGCACAUGGAAGAAGUUCUUACGUUCACCUUCUAUGAACCUGAAUAAUUCAUGGUAAAAAUAUGAACCACUGAUUUUUCAAAUUAUUCUAUUAAUCGAGAAUUAUGAUUUGAUAACUAACUGCGUUAUUAAAAAUAAAUAAAUAAGUCUAUGUUGCGCGGGACGAGAAAGUAGCUCAAAGAAACAAUAAAAACUCAGUGAAUUGAUAUGGUCAAAAUUUAAUUAGCAUCUCGGGUUUUUUAAGCUUGACAAAAAUCGAAAUUGCAAACGAGUUUUCGAAGUCCACGAUUCCAAAAUUUUACUGAAUUGACGUGCAACGAAAUAAACUCUCACAUAGCCAUAGUUGCUCAUUAAAAUGCUUGCUUAUAUGGGAAAUUAAGAAAAGACAUCCGAGGUACCGUGUAACGGGGUGAUUUAAAUUUUUUUGGCGCUGGUACUGUAAUUUUGCAAGUCACACAGGAAAUAUAUAAAAUAGUCUUUAUAUUUUUUGCUUUUUAAGUUAUUUCAUGGUACUUUGAGCCAUCAACACAAUUUUUCUAGAGCAAGAACUUUUCCGAGGUGCAAGGUUUUCUAAAAAAUCUUAAAGUAAAUCAAAACGACCCAAUUGACUUCUUUAGGAAAUUCAUGAGCUCGAACCGUAGUUCCUGUUCAGAUCGAUUACUAUUCCAGAAUUUUUGUAUAUGUUGCAUACUAAAGAUAAGUCCUCAUAUCACAGUUA